AGUCACGUGAUCAAGUAUUUAUAGAUUCAUUUAUAUACUGGCAGACGACAGGUGAAGUUUACUGUUCGUACUGACGCCACUUCCCGCCGAAGAAACACCAUGUUGAGACAUUCACUGAAAAUGUACCGGUCUUUGGUGACCAGUGCAGUCCCAAAAUCAGUGGAAAGACAGUUUAUUAACAAUUUCCGUAUACUAGCAAGGGCAUCGUAUUCUACAAAUCCUCGCUUUGUUGUCAACGAUAGCAUACCAACAUAUACACCGUCGCGUCUAGCUGGGAGACCGUACCUACCGGGUUCGAAUACGCCAAACUUCCCGGAAUUUCUCGGUAAACCAUCGACAGCAUUCCCUUUAGUACUGACCCCAGAAGAAUCUGACAGUAAAGUUGAGAUUGACGAUUGGGCGAUGGCGAGCAGAAAAGAAAUGGAUAAUUCCCUUGAAAACGCAGGUGCUAUUCUCUUUCGAGGGCUUCCUUUGACCUGUGCGGACGAUUUCAGCAAGUUUGUCGAUCACCUAGGGUUUCAGAGUCUGAAAUACAGGGGCGGGGCUGGAAGAAGACAUCAAGUAGCUGAUUACGUCAUGACAGCCAGUAACGAACCAAGAGAAUUUACGAUAGAUUUGCAUACUGAAAUGUCAAAUUUAGGAUAUUGGCCUUCUAAGCUACUUUUCUUCUGUGAACGUGCCCCAGAACCGAACAACGGAGGUGAAACGCCAUUUGCUAAAAUGGAUAGUGUGUUGAAAAAUCUGGACCCAGCUUUGUUGGAAAAAUUACAACGUAAAGGUGUUCGUUACUAUAGAAACCUAUGUGACAAAUCUGUUAGCUCAUAUCAGUCAUGGCAGCAUAUAAUGAUGACGUCAGACAGAAAAGAAGUUGAAGCAUUCUGCGUUGAACAAGGUUAUGAAUUUAUUUGGCAAGAUGAUAACUCUCUUACUUAUUUCUACACACUGCCAGCAACAAUUAAACAUCCUAAAACUGGUAAAGAGUUAUGGUUUAACCAAAUAAGCAGUCAUCAUGCCAGUUACUUUUUUGUUCACCCUGAAUAUUUACAUGAAUCAAGAGAUUUGAUGAAGUAUCCCUUCCACACUAGCUUUGGUGACGGAGAAGAAUUUUCCGAAGAAGAAAUGUCAUGUAUUCGUAUUGCACAGUGGAAGGAGGCAGUUGGAUUCCACUGGCAAGAAGGAGAUGUCGUAGUGUUAGAUAAUCUAACUACUGCACACGCUCGAAUUGGUACGAUAAAUGAGUCUAAACGAAAGAUUUUAGCAAGCCUGCUUGACUGA